GGAGGGAGCAGAUCGCGAAUUCUAUUCAGCAUCAAUCUGUGAAAUUUAUGGCUGUGUGAAACUAACGUUCCAGCAGUGAUCAGAGGCAUGAGAGCGGCUGGGUCGGCGGCUUGACGGAGGCCGUGAAGGAAGGCAGAACAAUACUAAUACUACAAGGAAAUGUAAAAAUAAGUCAAGGGGAGGAACUGAGUGGAUUUACAUGUGCUUCAAACUUGUAAUGGAGAAAGUAAUGGAGCAUAAGAAAAGAGGAUUGAUGUAACUGCUCCCAGCCUGUUCUGUGGCUCACCAAUUGGCAUCAUCCUGAAACGCUGAAAGAAUAAAUGCAGAUGAAUUAUCAAAUCUAGGACACAUGCUUAUUUCUAAGUGGUCUACAACCAUUGAGGAAAUGGAAGUGGAGUUGGGAAAAGAUCACCCGGAAGACUGGGAGGAUGAUUUCACAGUUUGGAUAUCUUUCAAGGGGAGCAUAAAGGAUGCUGAUUUUGUGAAUAAGCUAAACAUGAUCAUUGCUAAUAUGUCAUGCCUUCUGGAGAUGGAUUCGGAGAAACUGAGGCCAGAGAAAGUGGAACCAUGGAACAGCGUCCGUGUAACGUUUAAUAUUCCCCGUGAAGCUGCGGAGCGAUUGCGACUGAUGGCUCAGAAUAAUAAUCAGCAGCUCCGAGAUUUGGGCAUUCUUUCUGUUCAGAUUGAAGGUGAAGGAGUCAUUAACUUGGCUUUAGGGCAGCAAAGAGGCCAAGAGAUCAGAGUAAAUGGGCCAGUGAAUCAGAUUAGAAUGGAAUCUGGAUUUUCUUUACAAGGAGGCCAAGGUUUGAUCAGAGUGAACAACCCAUCAGCUCCCAUGGUUCCUUCAAGUAGCAACAUGGCAGGUUCCUUAGUUAGUAGUGGAGCGAGUUCAGAACUACUGCAAAACAGAAUACCACAUUCCUCUACUCGAUCCACCACACAGCCUGAUAUGGAUUCUGUUUUGUCAACGCUAAACAUUCAAGCAUCAAGCCAUCCCUCUGGAUCAUUGCCUUCACAGACUAAUAUUGUGCAAACGAUGUCAACCAACCGGCAGAUUGUCCCAGCCAACAUUCAGCCUCAUCAACUGCAAGGGGUGCGGUCUCCAUUUAACCGGGCUCAAAUUUCUAUAGCUGCCACAUGGAACCAAGUCCCAGCGGCAGCAAUCCAGUCAUCCUCUACACAGGGGGCCUUAGGAACAUUGACAAAUCAGAUCUGGAAGAAGGCUCCUAUGCCUGGACAAAUGCAACCGCAGCAGCUUCAGGUCAGACCGUCCCUGGCUACUGUGCAGACGCCAGCUCACCCUCCUCCUCCAUACCCAUUUGGAAGUCAACAAACAUCUCAAAGCCUUCAAACCUUUUCUCAACCUUGCAGCUCCCCACAGUUUGCAUCGCCACCCCCUAAGAACCAUCAGGGAGGACCUUCUCGAGUACCUACACCCUUGCAACAGCCUCAUCUAACCAACAAGUCUCCAGUCUCGUCUCCUUCCUCUUUCCAGCAAAGCUCCCCUUCUUCUUCUCCAACAGUGAACCAGCCACAGCAGCAUAUAGGACCCAGGACACCUCAGAGCAGCUCCCUGCCUCAGACGUUUCAGCCAGCUGUGUGCCAGAGUUCUCCAAGUCGAGGUCCUGUAGUUCAGCAAGGAAAUGUGCCUCCUGGGUUUAUGAUGCAAGCAAAUCAGGUGGCACAGAGUUCCCAUUCUGGAAUAGGAAGCAUGCCAAAGCGUCUUCCUCCAACCUUUCCUCCAGGUCAGCCUAAUCAGAUCUUCACUCAAGCACAGAUAAACCAAGCUGUUGCAUCGGCCACCUCGAUGAACAGUGGAAUUCUGCAGGCGCAACCCAACCAGAAUGUACAACAUACAGGUGGUCCAAAUAAUGCUACUUCCCAAAAUCCGAUGAAUGUACAGUCUCAUGGGCCCCCUAACGUAAUGCAGGCAAACCUCGUUGGACUUCACGGAAACCUAAACACUCAACAAUCUAUCAGUGUUCCUCAAGUGAAUGUGGGUAAUGUGCAAGGGCAGCAGGGCCCCCAAUCACAGUUUAUUGGGAUGCACCAACAGAUCGCACCUUCACAGGGACAGAUGAUGAAUGUCCAAUCUCAAGGUCUACAUCCUGCAAACCAGAUGAUUAUUUCUCGUCCUCAGCUCAUCCAGAAUCAAAUGAUGAUGGCGGCAUCUCAAGGCCAUAAUAUCAUUCCAUCUGGACAGAGGAUGACUCCACCCAAGCAGUUGCAUUCUCAACAGGGUCAGCAAAUCAUGACUACGCAUGGGCAAAUAAUAGGACCUCCAGGUCAAGUCAUAUUGCAGCAAAGCCAGAUGAUGGGACUUCCUGAGCAAGUUGUUGUCAGUCAGGUGCAGGGAAACAAACCGGGAUUCAAUAAUCAGAACCAGCAAAAUACAAUUGCAGGGCCAAGUCAAAUAAUGAGAGGACCUGCCACAAACACUCAAGGUAAUAUGGUUCAAUUUUCCACACCGAUGAUCCAGCAGAAUCCUCUGAAUGGGAAUUCUUCUCAAGGGAUUGGAAUGCAAGGACAAGUACUUAGACCCUCCGUAUCUCACCUAACUCAGCAGCAUGGUAGUGACCUUACAACGUCAGCCAGUGAUGUCAAUCUAACACAGAUGCUCCCUGAUGUACAAAUGCAGCAAAAUGUAGUUGCUUCUCACAUGCAGACAAUGCAGGCAGGUAGUUCUGCUGGGCCUCAUUUUUCAGGGCAUAGCAUGCCCUUCAACGCUCCUUAUAGCACCACUGCAAGUGGGAGUCCAAUGACAUUAGCCACUGCCUCUGGUUUUCCAAACAACAAAGAUGUCACUCUGACCAGUCCAUUGCUUGUCAAUCUGCUGCAGAGUGAUAUCACAUCUGCGCAGUUUGCAAUGACCAACAAGCAAAACAACCAGAAUGCCAACAAGCCCAAAAAGAAAAAACCUUCGCGAUCACAGAAGAAAAAGAACAGUGGAGCUCAGCAGCCGGAAGAGCAAAUGCAGCAUGUGAUUUCAGAUGCCCGUCAGAUGCAGCCAGGUCUGGAUGAUGCUGACCAGCAGCAAAUGACAGGAGAGCAAGGGGUAGGACUUGAUCCAACAGCCAACAAACUGCCUGAAUUUGCAAAUCGACCUGCAGGAUUUCAUAUGCAGACAGUUGAUCAAAGACCUCUGCAACAGACAACUAUUCAACCCAUGCAGCAUUCACAGCAACAGCAACUACAACCCCAGCAACAACAAAUGAUGAUGAUGUUGAUGAUGAAGCAUCAGCAACAACAACAACAACAACAACAACAACAGGACACAAAGUCAAUUAAAAUUCCAAUGACGGCAAGUACACAUCCAUCAAAGACUGCCUUAACUCCUGAUGCCUCAAGGAUGCCAAUGGCCCCAACUGGUAACAUGCCAGUCAUGGUAACCUUGCCUGGGCAGAGUGGAGUGCCACCCUCACCAGAUAAAUCAAGAAUGCCUUUGUUAGUUGGCCAUCAAUCUGUCAGCACUCUGAGGAAGAUGCCUUUUCAGGAAAGUCUGCAAAAUGUCCCAUCAUCUGUUCCCGAGGAAGUAAAUCCAACUACACAUCAUCCAGAUGCAAUUGGAGCUGAGCUUCCACUUUCUGUUGGAACCCAAGUUAACUCGGGGCAACAAGCUGUUCCUCCUCCAAAUCAAGUACUUAUUACUGGCUCUAAGCCAGGGCAUUCUCAAAUCCCAACACCACAAGGUGGAAGUUCACAACAGCAGGGAACAACUUCAGUGCAAGGCACUCAUAAUCUUCAUUUUCCUAAUGCUACCACUAACACCCAGACUUCAAGACCAAAAACACCAAAUCGAGCAAGCCCCAGGCCCUACUUUCCUCAUACACCCACCAACCGACCACCUAGUACAGAACCUUCUGAGAUAAGCUUAUCUCCUGAAAGAUUGAAUGCUUCAAUUGCAGGUCUCUUUCCUCCUCAAAUCAAUAUCCUUUUGCCUCCUAGGCAGCCACCUUUAAAUAGAGGAUUUGAUCAACAGGGUCUAAACCCAACCACUUUGAAAGCAAUUGGUCAAGCCCCAGCAAGCAUGCCUCCACAUUCAAAUAACCCAUCUGUUUCUGCUGCGUCACAAGCAAAUAAACUGGAUUCCGUUAUAGUUAGUUCAGGAAAACAGACAACUGGAAAACGGGCAAGCCCUAGUAUCAGCAGGAGAGCAAGCACUAGUUCCAGCAGAAAAACUGGUCAAAAUCCAAGUAGACAAAGUGGAAAAGCCUUGAAAUCAUCACUGAUUCCUCAGCAGAACCCAGCACUUUUACCAACCAUUGAUGUACAAAAGAAUAUUCUAGCAAACUCUGCACAAAUGUUGUCAAAUCCCUCUCCUGGAAUUUUGAAUGAUCCUGUCAAUGUAGUUUCAGGUGCACAAAAUCCAACCAUUCCUGUCAGGAUAUUGGGUAACAAUCCUGAAGAAAACAAGGAAGGACCAACAUUGUGUGGAAAUGAUGGUGUGUUGAAACAAAUUCCCAUUAGUAAAGAACAGAUGACCUUUGAAUGCAAUCCUCCGAGCACAACCAAGUUGGAGAAGAAAAAUGCCCCUCAAGUUCAAAUAGCUAAGGGAAAUAAGCCUUCGGAAGCCAGUAAACCUAGCGGAGGUUGCAAUGACAAAAACAUGACCCUGCCACCAUUAAGAGAAGCUCCAAUUUCACUUAAUCAGCUUUUGGACACUUCUUGUAGUCCUGGUGUUACCAAUAAGGCCACUAAUUCCAAUCAGGUGGAACAGUUGAUACAUUCUGGAGAUAAACCAAAAGCAGUAACAUCAGAUACUCCUACUAUUAAGGAAACACUUAGUGCGCCAAUUCCAUCACAGAUUGUUUGUGAGAGUGGAAAGGCUGUAUUACGACCAGAUGCAGGCGAAUUAGUUAAUGUGACUCAAAGUGGCCCGACAAUGGUGCCUACACCGGUGGUGUCUGCAUCCAUUUCUGUCGCAAAUCAGAUCACAGUGUUUGUAAGUUCUAGUCCCAUUAAAUCUACAACGAAUGUUAUUGCAUCUGCACAGAUUCAGUCCCAACCUACUGUUGUUUCUUCUGUAGUCACAAUGCCAUCACAAAAUAACAAAGUGGUGUCUGAGGUACAACCGGCAGCGCAGUCUGGUUCACAGCCAGCAUUUAUCACCGCACCUGUGUUUAUAAAUACAUCUGUAUUCCAGGUUGUUAAAGAACCUUUGAUACCACAGUCAACCACUGUGCCUAAAGUAACUGUGCCUUCCACUUCUACAUUGGCAUCUCAGUCAGUUACUGUAAUCCAGAUACCACAAUCUGCUCAGAGCUCAUCAUGCCCAGCAGUUUCACCUACCCCAGCUGUUAGUAGCUCUGUUAUCUCCACCUAUUCACCAACGAAAAGAACAGCGAUCCAGAGGUCAUCACCAGUUCAACCACCAUCCAGCUCUCCAGCUCCUCCAAACAUCUCCUCAGCAUCUCCUCAUAGACCAGCAGCGGACUUCAGCCUCAAUGAGUGUCUUCAGAAUAAUGGCAUUGUUGACCAAAGUUCUUCAGCUUCAUCCCAUACAACAGCUGUUGCAACGUCGCCUACAUCUACUAGCCCAGGUAGCUCUUCUAGUAGUAGGCGAAGUCCAAUAUCAUCCAACAAAGGAAGAGGGAAGGUAGAUAAGAUUGGUCAGUUCCUUAUGACCAAGGCAUGUCAGAAGGCCUCCCCAGAUAAAAAAGAUGACCCAGUAGCGUCUGAUUUGGCUUCCCCAGGUGUUGAUGAUCAGGCACAAAAAGCAGCACUUCCUGGUAGUCCUGAAGGAGGAGUUCCUCCUACAGAAACCAAUCAGAUUAUUCCUCCAGCUAGUCAAUCAGACAUAGGCACUUCCGUUAACGUCACACUCGGUACAACUAGCAGCUCUGCUUCUACUGUCUCUGUUUCCUCACCUGGGAGUACAUUGAAUAGCACUGCUCAAAACAAUUUGACGUCAGCCAUCACUCCCCAGAACCCUGAGCCUGAAUCUGUAGUACCUGUUGGUGAUAGCAGUCUUGCAGUCUCACAAUCUGAGGGAAGUUGUUCGUCAGGAGAGAAAGUGGGAGCAAAUAACGAUCACCUACCAAAUCCAGUAGGUGAGCAGAAUACAGAGAAAAAAGAGGCUUUGGAACUUUCAGACACAGGACCACUGGCCACGACACCUCAACUUGUUCCAGAACAAGUAUCAGCCAGUACAGUACAACAAGGGACCAUUGUGAAAAACGGAGAAGACUUUAAUAUUGGAAGUGAAACGGGUCAGAGUGAAGCAAAGAGCAAUCUAGAAAAAUCAAAAAGCCCCAGUAGAAGAAAUGUAAAGGCUGAAAAGGAGAGUGAGGAGUCUUCAUCCCUUCAGGAGUCUUCUGAAAAUGGACAACGGAAAAGGCCUUCGCGACCAGGCUCUUCAACAGGGGCAGCAAAAGAUACCAGUACAGGCACCAGCCCUACACAAACAAAACGAAGAAAAUCCAAAUGAAAUUUCUCAAUUGUGUACGUGUGAAGUGUAAAUGUUUGUGAAUUUAAUUAAUUUUUCUAGCCUACUUUUCUAGCAUGAACUUGUGUAUAGAAAACUGUUUUAAUAUUUGUCCCACUGAAAUGUGACUUUAAAAAAAUUUCUUUAUAUUCUGAAACUGUUUAACAAGGUAAAAACCUGUCAUACAGCCAGUAAAAAUCUUCCAGAAUGUAACUGUACUGGUAAUUUCUGUUGCAAAGCUAAAGUAAAUUGCCAGCUUUUGUCACUGUCACAAAUCUUGUUAGAAUGUAGUAUGUUGUUUUUAAUUGGUAUUUCUGACUGUUGAAGUGAACGUUUUUAAGUCUUAAAUGUGAGUAUUUGUACCUGGGUGCAAUGAACUCCAUCUCCACUGGAUAGUUGAGUCCAAAGCAUAUCCCUUUCCAGUUAGUCUGUGAGCUAUUUCACUUCAAUAAAGGCAAAAUACUGUAAAUUUUGAAAACCUGAAACAAACAGUGCUGGAGAAACCCAGCAGGUCUGGCAGAAUCUGUGGAGAGUAAAAGAGUCAACGUUUCAAAUUUGGUAUAACUUUUCUUCACUUCGAACUUGAAACAUUGCCUCUGUUUUUCUCUCCACAGAUGCUGCCAGACUUGCUGAGUUUCUCCAGCAUCUGAGCUUAUUUCACUUCAGUUAUAUGCUCAUGUACAUUAGUUCCCCUAAAACUUCACUCUGGGAAGUUUGUAUCUAUUCAGGGAGGGGAAACAGAGGUGCAGAAUAUUACGAAUGCUGAAAAUCUGAAAUAAAAACAGAAAAUACAGGAAAUAUCCCUUCAGGUAUUACAAAAUGUCUUGAUACAAAAUAUUAACUGCCUCCCUCUCUACAAGUGUUGCUUGACUAUUUCCAGUGUUUUCUGUUUUUAUUUAAAGAAGCAAACAGCACAGCUCAUUAUGAUGUUGAAUUGAAGAGCCAAUCCAACUCUGGCAGAUUUUGAAGCCUCCUUGUCACAGGCAUUGAGGUUGUAGUGGCAUUGCAGACUGAGUUAGUUUUGUGUGGAAAUAGUGAGCAUGAAUAAUCAUUCCUGCAAUGUCUGCCAUUGAGCAUUACAUUGUGAUGUAACGCUAAGCACAAAAAGCAAUUGAAAUUAUUUCAGGUGGUGACUGGAUUAGUGGCUAUUAGAUAAAAACAAAUAAUAUAAUUUAGACUCUCCACAAUUCAACUGCAGUACAGAGUUUCCAGGCAGUCAUUGCUACUUAAGAGUCAUCAGCUGUGUACAGUUUAAUCUACUUGUGUGUCAGAAUAAAAUUAAAUGUAGAAAUAUAGAUUUGUAAAGAAUUAACACCUCUGGUGAUAGCUGUUUAUUGUACAAUUUUUGACAACCUGCUUCUAUUUGACUUUGUGCAUAUCAGAUGUAUUAGAAUGCAAUUUUUUAAUUUGUGACCUUCCAUCUGGUGUAGUGUUUAUAUUUUUCAUUCACUGACACUUCUACAUUUCUCCUCUCGACAAGAGGCUGGAAUGUCAUUUGAGGGUUUUCAGACACUACUCUCUCCAAAUGUUUAGUACUGCUUUUCCUCCCUCAGCCAACAGGUGCCACAAGCCUUGCUACCAAAUUAGUCUCUCCUGCACCUUUCAGUCAAGGUCCCUGAUGAGCUGAAUCAGAUGAGGGUUGUAUUGCUAUUCACUUUAAUAGCUUGCAUUUUUAGAAGCCUACUGUUUAAAGUUGGAGAGACUCAAAAGAAAAGGAUGUAGGUAGUGGGUGAUAUGUGGUUGAAAGACUUAAUAAUUAUUCAUUUCUACAAAACCAUUUUCUUUUUAGCACAAUGUUGCAUUAAGUCCUGUAAUGUCCAAACUAAGGAAAGUAGUGUUUUCUUUAGUUGUUACUUGUCCUCAUUUCAGAGUUACAAUUUAGUGGAUUUGUGCAACCUUUUAUGGAGGAAGAGGAAAUUAACUUUUCAUCUGGAUGCAGCAUUGCCCAAGGAGAAUUAAUCAUUAAACCAAUUCUUGCAUAAAA